UGAAUUGCACCACCUCGCCCACUUAUUGCUGCGUUCUUGAUUUUAUCCCUCGAAACCUGGACUCUACCGGCGCAGUUUAUGAAGACCCAGUGUGGACAGUAAUGACCUCACCCUCCCAGUUGCCAGCUGGCAGUAACUACAAUGACCGAGCAUCAGAGCUGGCACAAGACAGGCAGCACACAGAGGUGGUCUGUAAUGUUCUUCUGCUGGAUAACACAGUUCAAGCCUUCAAAGUUAACAAGCACGAUCAAGGACAGGUCCUGCUGGAUAUAGUGUUCAAACACCUGGAGCUGACGGAGAGAGACUACUUCGGCCUACAGCUGGCCAACGACUCCUCAGACAGUCAGGUUGACUUCAUCCAUAUUUUACAGAGGUGGCUGGAUCCAACCAAACCCAUAAGAAAGCAAUUAAAAAGGGGGUCUCCACACAGUUUAAAUUUUAGGGUUAAAUUCUUUGUAACCGACCCCAAUAAACUUCAGGAGGAGUAUACAAGGUACCAGUACUUUUUGCAGAUUAAACAGGACAUACUUAGUGGAAGACUGCCGUGUCCAUACAUCACAGCCGCUCUUCUUGCUUCAUACGCUGUUCAGUCUGAGCUAGGGGACUACAGUCAGGACGAGAACUUGCCCGGCUACCUCUCCGAAUACUCUUUCAUCCCCAACGCACCACAAGACUUUGAGAAAGAGAUUGCCAAACAGCAUCAGCAACACAAGGGACUGCCUCCUGCCCAGUCAGAGUUCAAUUAUCUAAACACAGCACGGACGCUAGAGCUCUAUGGAGUCGAAUUGCACUCUGCGAGGGAUCAAAGCAACACAGAGAUUUUAAUCGGAGUGAUGUCAACUGGGAUUGUCACCUAUAAGAACAGGGUACGAAUCAACUGCUUUCCAUGGCUACAGAUUGUAAAGAUCUCGUUUAAAUGUAGACAGUUUUUUAUUCAACUCCGAAGAGAGUUGAAUGAGAGCCGUGAGGCGCUGUUAGCCUUUAACAUGGUGAACUACCGAGCCUGUAAGAACCUAUGGAAGGCCUGUGUAGAGCACCACACCUUCUUCAGACUGGACCGACCCUUACCACCACAGAAGAACUUCUUUGCACAUGUCUUCCAACUGGGCUCCAAGUACCGCUACUGUGGUAGGACAGAGGUGCAAUCUGUCCAGUACGGCAAGGAGAAGGGCAUCAAGGACAGGGUGUUCGCCAGGUCUCCCAGUAAGCCCUUGGUGAGGAGGCUGAUGGGUGGAGGGAUGGACUGGGAGUCAGUCAGCCGGAACUCCAGAGCCUCUCUGUCUGACGACCGGCUGGAGACCCAGAGCCUGCCCACACGCUCCCCACCAGGCACCCCCAACCACAGGAACUCCAAGUUUGCACAAGAGCGCCUGCGGCCGUCCUCCGUGGGACACCUGCUGGACCAUGUGCUCUACUACGACCAUGCCUCGCCCUGCCCGACCUUCACCAAUCACAAGUCAGCCUCCUCAACCCAGGCCAACUCCAUCAGCCUAGAUUCUACCCCGUCACCAGACUCGACCGUCGACGGCCAGCCGCCCGCUCUUCCCCCUAAGCAGACCAGGAGGCCUCUGUCCAGCCAGUCCCAGUCCCACUCUCAGCAGGAGUUGGACAACCACAUCAAUGAGCUGUACGACACGCCUCUGUCAGAAGACAAGACUAUGCCCAAUGGAGUGCUUCCUCAUGACAAUCUGGUGUUCAUUAAAAUGUGCCCCGACGAACAAGGACGAUUUGGAUUCAAUGUGAAGGGUGGGCUGGACCAGAAGAUGCCUGUGAUCGUGUCCCGAGUGGCCCCGGGAACAGCGGCUGACCUGUGUGUUCCCCGGCUGAACGAGGGAGACCAGGUGGUUCUGAUUAACGGUCAGGACAUCUCAGAGCACACCCACGACCAGGUGGUCAUGUUCAUCAAGGCCAGCUGUGAGGAGAGCGACUCAGGAGAGCUGAACCUGCUGGUCAGACCCAACGCCAUGUAUGACCUGGUGGAGGAGGAGAAGCUGGAGGAUGGAGAUACGGAGUCUAACUACCAGUACUCCCCAGAGAGGGCUCCCCAAGACCAGCCCCAGGACCAGCCCCAGCCAGACCACCACCCAUCCUGCUGGAGAGACUCCAUACUACAGCUGAAAGAAGGCUUGAGCACUGGGGCCGUACAGCAACAGUUUGAUCAACUUUACCGGAAAAGGCCUGGAUUGACAAUGUCAUGUGCCAAAUUACCUCAGAACAUUUCCAAAAAUCGAUAUCGAGACAUUUCACCAUAUGAUGCAACCAGGGUUAUUCUGAAGGGCGAGGAUGGGGACUAUAUCAAUGCAAAUUACAUCAAUAUGGCGAUCGCAGCGUCCAGUGCUGUAAACCGCUACAUCGCGUGCCAGGGCCCGCUGCCCGCCACCUGCUCUGACUUCUGGAGGAUGACUUGGGAACAGGGCUCCAACAUGGUGGUCAUGCUCACCACGCAGGUGGAGAGAGGACGGGUGAAGUGUCAUCAGUAUUGGCCCAACUCUGGUGCCAUCGCUACCCAUGGGGACUUCCAGGUGUCCUGUGUGACAGAAGAAGGGAAAUCAGCAUUUCUGGUCAGAGAGAUAACCCUCACACACCUGCAGAGUGAAGAGAGCAGGCCGCUGACUCAGAUCCAGUACAUGGCCUGGCCUGACCACGGUGUUCCAGACGACUACACUGACUUCCUGGACUUUGUCAGUCUGGUCCGCAGAAAGAGGGAGGGCAAGGAGGAGCCGGUGAUAGUACACUGCAGCGCUGGGAUUGGUCGGACUGGGGUGCUCAUCACCAUGGAAACAGCCAUGUGUUUGAUUGAGUGCAAUCAGCCUGUGUAUCCGCUGGAUAUCGUGAGGACAAUGAGAGACCAGAGGGCCAUGAUGAUCCAGACCCCGAGCCAGUACAGGUUUGUCUGUGAGGCGAUCCUCAAGGUGUACGAGGAGGAGCUGGUCAAACCGCUGACGCCCACAAAGCCCCUGACACCCGUAGAGUCUCUGACGCCCACAAAGCCCCUGACACCCGUAGAGUCUCUGACACCCACAAAGCCCCUGACACCCGUAGAGUCUCUGACGCCCACAAAGCCCCUGACACCCGUAGAGUCUCUGACGCCUACAAAGCCCCUGACACCCGUAGAGUCUCUGACGCCCACAAAGCCCCUGACACCCGUAGAGUCUCUGACGCCCACAAAGCCCGUGACACCCGUAGAGUCUCUGACGCCCACAAAGCCCCUGACACCCGUAGAGUCUCUGACGCCCACAAAGCCCCUGACACCCAUAGAGUCUUUGAAGCCCACAAAGCCCCUGACACCCGUAGAGUCUCUGACGCCCACAAAGCCCCUGACACCCGUAGAGUCUCUGACGCCCACAAAGCCCCUGACACCCGUAGAGUCUCUUACACCCACAAAGCCCCUGACACCCGUAGAGUCUCUGACGCCCACAAAGCCCCUGACACCCGUAGAGUCUCUGACACCCACAAAGCCCCUGACACCCGUAGAGUCUCUGACGCCUACAAAGCCCUUGACAACUUUAGAGCCCCUGACACCCACAAAGCCAGAGGUAGAGACAGAGACAGAGUCGGCUUUAGACCUUCUGGGACUGACUGACUGACUGACUGACUGACUGACUGACUGACAUUGACUGACACAGGGCUGCAUGGGCCUAAGCACCACCCUCUUCUUCCACAGCCUGUCUGUCUGUCUCCCUUUCUCAGUCACAAUAGUUUCUUCCCACAUCUUGAGUCUGGCCAGAGAAACUAGUCACAACCAUGGAGACAACUACCGAACAACCACUCAAACUGGCCUGGGAGGGGAAACAGAGCACUGUUGCACUUUAUGACGACAAAACGCGAUACUUUGGAACGAAAGAAGAAAAAGAAGAACAGAGUUACGAUGAUCAACUGGAAUUUGGGAUGUUAGCAAGUGUCCCGGAUCAAGAGAGAAGUGAGAAACAGAAUAGUAGCUGGGUUGGAUUAUAUUGCUGUAGUGUCAUUACUUUCAGACUAACCUUCAUAAUGAACAGGACAACUCAAUGGAAAGUGGACUGACGUUUGUUUUCAACCCAUCAGUGCAUCAUCACCAGGUGUCAUAUCAGUGGUUUCUUCACAGACUAGUCUCUGUCUUUGAUCACUCCGUAGACUUAAGAGUCAACGUUCUAUUUUUAAAUCAAAACUAUUCAUCAUCAACUAAAGAUCCGUUCAGAAGUGUGUCGACCCUCUCUGUAAGGUCCUAGUAAAGCACUCUGACUUCUACUCUAUGGCACUACUCAUCUUAUCAUCUCAUUAUUUCCCUCAUUGAGGCUAUAGGUUGUCUGAUUGUUUCGAUCAGAUGGGUACUUUUUUGAGCUUUUAUAUUUAUUAGUCUGCAGGUUGGAAUCAUCUCCAGCGCAAGUUCUUACAGCUCCAAGUCCUUUGUGAAGGCGUUCCAAACCCGGGUAAAGGCAGGGUAGGUUCGGAGCAGUGGAGGCUGCUGAGGGGAGGACGGCUCAUAAUAAUGGCUGGAGUGCGGUCAUUGGCACGGUAUCAACCACAUGGAAACCACGUGUUUGAUGCCAUUCUUUCGACUCUAUUCCAGUCAUUGUUAUGAGCCGUCCUCCACUCAACAGCCUCCACUGGUCAGGGGAGGCAUCCUGCCUCCUUUACCAUCUCAUUAGCUGGUUACCUGUCAUUGAGCUCGGCACUACGUGGUGGUGGUGUUGCUGCUUUUCUUUGAGGCAGCUAUUCAACUUUGAUUCGAGAUGGCUCAUCAUGUGAUGUUACAUCGGUCUCUCCAAGAUACUAUGCGACUAGCCCAAAUCUGGGUAGUAUUUUUAUGCAGGUUUUGUUAUUGCUAGUAACAUGAUCUUGCCAUGCAGGAUUGGGUCGGUACAGUACAAAGGUGGUUUAUCAAGUGUCAUUGCAUCAGAUUUUGAAAUUGAAUAUGAGGUAUUCAGAGCUCUCUGAAUAAGAGUAUUGGGGGUUUUGGUACCAUGGUACUGUACAUCGGGAUUUUAUGCAGUUGGUGUACAGUACAUACAGACGGUACAGGACCAAUAGGUUUUUAGCCUUGUGAGUAAAACAAAAUGUUUUCAAAUUAACCAUGUGUUGAAAAGCUAUAAGGCUCAAGCGAUAGAUUUGCUUCUGAUAUUUUUACAAGAGACCCUUUUUGCUUCUUGGGAAUGGACAGCACUUUUCAACUGAACGUGUAGCAUAUUUGCUGCUAUGCAUGAUUAGACCCCCAAAAAUUAUUUUGGAAUUGUAUAUAAUUGUAUACAUUUUUGUUGGAUGUAGACACCACUAUAGGAAAUGUAAGCUUAUAUGGUGUCAUCUAGAUUUGUGUAAUGUAACUAGUGUAAAUCUACUAUGUUAUAAAUUAAGACUUAAUGAAAUUAAAAUAAUGUGAGACAAAGUUAUUUUUAUAAGAACAGAAAAGUUCAAAACUUUUCCACUGUAAAGUCCUGCUGGAAUUAGACAUUAUUGUUAUGGGAAAGCAUUGCAAUAGAUGUAUGCUGUGUAAAAGUGCUCUCCAUAAGUCCAGUGGCAGUGGAAAGAAUUGGGACGGGCAACAUGAAGCUCUGUACACUGACAAAUAGAUGAAUUAAUCACCAUUAAUACUGUUAUCUUUUGACAAUUUAAACCCGCAUAGUGAUUUUAUUCCCAUGAUUUCUGGUUGAAUCAAUAGAUGUGAUUGUGCUUUUGAAAUCAGAAAGCUGGCUUGGUCAAACUUAAUGUUGCUGAUACUUCUGCAGUUGGGUUUGUGCAGUACCUUGCUGACAAUGUUUACAAUGGUUUGUGAGUUAGUUUUGUGAUUUAAAAAGGAUGUGUAUCUACUGAAAGUCAGUGUGUUUACAAAAGCUGUUGUGCGACAGGGAACUUCGGCCCAAUCAGAUCACCCACCACUGUGUCCCCAAUGGCACCCUAUUCCCUAUGUAGUGCACUACUUUUGACCGGGCUCUGGCCAAAAGUUGUGCACUAGAUAGGGCGCCAUUUGGGACUCAGACGGUGUCUACCACUUCACCAUGAAAUAGACUGAGGCACUGGAAUGUUUAUUUUACCAGGUUGUCCCAUUCAAGGUCCAACACCUCUUUUUCAAGGGAAACCUGGAUCAUAUGUUUGGUUUUUAUUGCGCGAUGCUUUUCUACCUGAUCAUCAUCAUCAUCACUUAGUAAUAGUACAACAUUCUGCACAACUGUGAUGUAAAUAUAAGCUUCAUCUGUGAACUAGUGAAAUAUAUUUAAAGAUCAAUCAGGAGGAUGUACAAAUGUAAUGUUUGUGGUGAAGCUGUACAGAAUUUGAAUGUAUCCAUCUCCAUCUUUUAGUUUGCUCGAAAACGUAAGGGAUGUACAAUUUUACUUUUGAGGGGAAAUAUUUUUCAUACUACUGUACUUGUAAAUGCAGGUAAAUAUCAGAUUCUCAAUUGUGUCUCAAUGGGCUCUGCCUGGUCUGCGACAUGCUCUGUGUUUUUGUUGUAAAUAGGAGCCAUAUCAUGUCAGUGAAGUGCCAAUGUUCUGUAAGUAAAGUCUAAUUUCUGCUGUA